AUGGUUGAUCGCAACACGACUGGUGGAUGUUUUGAGCGUAGUCUGAUGAGGAUCUGCCCUCUCCUUCCGGUUUUUGCUACGGAGCACGAGCCGAUGCGGCAUUAUCAGCAAGAUAGGCCAGCUUGGACGCAGGGCCAACAAGGAGUUGUGCUUCCGAAAUGGGAGGGUUGGCGAAAACGGUGUCCUCAGGCCAUCUUGUCGUGCAUCGAGCAGAGCAAAUCCAUCAGAAGAAAAGAGUAUAAGCAGGGUGAGAGGCCACUUAUGUACGAAUUGCCAAGAGCUGCUGUCACCAUCGUCGUUGGCAGGCUCGCAAUCGCCGCCCGCAAUCACCUCAUCUCCUUGGGGCAUGUCGACCCAGGCAGGAGUUAG